UUCCCAAAACCCCUUUAAUAUGAAAAACCCUACUAAAAGAAAAAACCCCAUUUCCAAGAGAAGUCUCACAGUUGGAGCUGUUAGCUUUCUUUGAAAUUCCUUGGCUUCUUGAAUCAUGCACAGGCUAUCUAGGCGUUCCGUUUCUGCUAUCCUGCGCACUGGUGGCUCACGUUACCGGACCUUAGCUUCUUCCCCUCUCUCCUUUUCUUCUCACUUUCCUGAUACGGCUGUAGACAGUGAUUACAAAGUCAGAUGGUACUCGGUGUUAACUAAUGGGAAAACAAUACCAAAUAAAGCUGGACCUUCGGCUCAUCUAAGUGGUUUUUAUUUGGGUAGCCGAUAUGAAUCCACUGCGGCAGAAUCUGAUGCUUCAUCUCCUCCACCACCAGUGGGUGAAAAAUAUGAAUAUCAAGCUGAGGUUAGUCGCCUCAUGGACCUCAUUGUUAAUAGUUUAUAUAGCAACAAGGAGGUAUUUCUUCGUGAGCUUAUUAGCAAUGCAAGCGAUGCCCUAGACAAGCUGCGAUUUCUUGGUGUCACUGAGCCUGAGCUUUUAAAGGAUGCUGCUGAUCUUGACAUCCGUAUUCAAACUGAUAAGGAUAAUGGAAUUGUAACAAUCAUUGAUUCCGGCAUUGGUAUGACUCGGCAGGAACUAAUUGACUGUCUUGGAACUAUUGCUCAGAGUGGAACUGCAAAAUUCUUAAAGGCAUUGAAGGAAAGCAAGGAUGCUGGUGCUGAUAACAAUUUAAUUGGUCAAUUUGGUGUGGGCUUCUAUUCAGCUUUCCUGGUUUCAGAACGGGUGGUUGUCUCAACAAAAAGCCCAAAAUCUGAUAAACAAUAUGUUUGGGAAGGUGAGGCCAAUGCCAGCUCCUAUGUCAUUAGAGAGGAGACAGAUCCAGAGAAGCUUAUUCCUAGAGGAACUCGCCUUACAUUGUAUCUUAAGCGUGAUGACAAGGGCUUUGCAGAUCCAGAGAGGAUUCAAAAGCUUGUGAAAAACUACUCACAGUUUGUGUCAUUUCCAAUAUACACCUGGCAGGAAAAAGGAUUAACUAAAGAGGUUGAAAUUGAUGAGGAGCCAACUGAAGCCAAUAAAGGUGAACAAGAUGAGAAAGCUGAGAAAAAGAAGAAAACAAAAACUGUUGUUGAGAGAUACUGGGAUUGGGAACUCACUAAUGAGACUCAGCCAUUAUGGCUUCGCAGCCCUAAGGAAGUAUCUACAGAAGAAUACAACGAGUUUUACAAGAAAACCUUUAAUGAAUACUUGGAGCCAUUAGCAUCCUCACAUUUCACAACAGAGGGUGAGGUGGAAUUCAGGUCUGUACUCUUUGUGCCAGCUGCUGCUCCAACAGGAAAGGAUGACAUAGUUAAUCCCAAGACAAAAAAUAUCAGACUCUAUGUGAAAAGAGUAUUCAUUUCAGAUGAUUUUGAUGGAGAGCUGUUCCCUCGAUAUCUAAGCUUUGUGAAAGGUGUUGUGGACUCAAAUGACCUACCUCUCAAUGUUUCACGGGAGAUCCUUCAAGAAAGUCGCAUUGUACGGAUCAUGAGAAAACGCUUGGUUCGAAAGGCCUUCGACAUGAUUUUGGGAAUAUCCAUGAGUGAGGACAGAGAAGAUUAUGAGAAAUUCUGGGACAACUAUGGCAAGUACAUGAAAUUGGGUUGCAUUGAGGAUCGUGAAAACCAUAAGCGUAUUGCACCACUGCUUCGAUUCUUCUCAUCCCAGAGUGAUGAGGAGAUGAUAAGCUUGGAUGAGUAUGUAGAGAACAUGAAACCCGAUCAGAAGGAUAUUUAUUACAUUGCUUCAGAUAGUGUGACCAGUGCCAAGAAUACACCUUUCUUGGAGAGGCUGGUUGAGAAGGAUCUUGAAGUGCUUUUCUUAGUUGAUCCCAUUGAUGAGGUUGCCGUCCAGAAUCUGAAAUCAUACAAGGAGAAGAACUUUGUUGAUAUCAGCAAGGAAGACUUGGAUUUAGGUGAUAAGAACGAGGAAAAAGAGAAGGUGAUGAAGCAGGAGUUUGGCCAGACUUGUGAUUGGAUUAAGAAACGUUUGGGUGACAAAGUUGCUAGUGUGCAAAUUUCAAACCGCCUGAGCUCCUCACCCUGUGUGCUUGUAUCUGGAAAAUUUGGUUGGUCUGCCAACAUGGAACGGCUCAUGAAGUCGCAAACCAUUGGUGACACGUCUAGCCUGGAAUUCAUGAGGGGCAGAAGGGUGUUUGAGAUCAAUCCUGAGCAUGCAAUAAUUAAGAGCUUAAAUGAGGCAUGCAGGGCUAGUCCAGAUGAUGAAGAUGCCCUAAAAGCUAUAGAUCUUCUUUAUGAUGCAGCUUUGGUCUCCAGUGGCUUUACUCCUGAUAACCCAGCACAGCUUGGCGGGAAGAUAUACGAGAUGAUGGGCAUGGCAAUUUCAGGGAAAUGGGCAAAUACUGCUGAGUUCCAUUAUCCAGCAUCUUCUCAACCUCAGAAUCACAGCGCAGAGACAUUAGAAGCUGAGGUGGUUGAGCCAGUGGAAUAUGGUAGUAAAAAAUGAAGAUGAAUGAGCAGAGACAUAAUUUUCGAUUCUCCAUUUCCGUGUUUCCAUAUGAGCACAAUGUUUGAAGGAAAAGUUUUAGGCCUUAUCAUAAGUGCCACUGGAAGUUGGAUGUAAUGUGAUUGGACUUGCAUUUCUGCAGUCUUUCGUAAUUUACAUAGUAUUUAGAUAACUCACUGGACAUAUACGAAAGUCCUUUUUUAUGGAAAAAGAAAAGAGAAAAAAGGAAAAAUUUAUUUGAGAGAUCUUUAUUUGAAUUGCUUCACUGAUUUGUUGUAAGCUUCCUCUUAGUUUUAUUUCUGCAUUUAUGAAAAUUCUAUUUAGCCUUUA